AUGGGCUGGUUUGACGGACCCUCCUCAACCACCAAAUCCUCUUCAGGAGGCUACUACGUCCGCCGCCGUGGUUCACCAACCCGCAGCGUAAAAUCCUCCUCCUCCAGCCACAAGGGCUACUCCUCAACCCACCACGGCCGACACUCGGCGCCCUCAAUCUUCAGUCUGGGCCGCGGCACCACCGGCCGCUCCUCCAGUCCCUCCGUCUUCUCCUCGUUCUCGUCUUCGUCGCGCCGGGCCCGCCCGCGCGAGGGCUUUGUCCAGCGCAUGAUUCACUCGAUCAAGAAGCUUUUCCGGGAUAUUUACCGCUACGCGCGUCGUCAUCCGGUGAAGGUGUUUUUGUUGGUUAUUUUGCCGCUGUUGACCAGUGGUGUUUUGCCCAAGUUGUUGGCGAUGGUUGGGUUGAGGUUGCCGCAUGGUGUGGCGAGUGCGCUGGGUAGUGCGGGCGCGGCGAGGGGGGGGUUGGGUGGGAUGGAGGGGGUUGGAGGUGCUGGGAAGGGAUUGUCGGAGAGUGUGAGUGGGUUGGUGAGUUUGGCGAAGAUGUUUGCUUGA